CUGUCUCCCCAAGUGGCUCGCGGUGGAGAUCAAGACGGGAAUAAGUUCAGGAAGCUCAAUAAGAGGUUAUUUUAGCUGCGCCCAGGUGAGUUUGGAAAGCUGAAGUGGAAAGAGAGGCACAGAGAGAAAGAGAAAUAGAGAGAGGUGCGCACAGAAAGAAACAACCUGGAAAAGCUGCGGAUGCAAAACGUCCCAUUGGCGCACAGAGAGAAACCGGAGCGACUCACCAACUCUAUCAGUUAUAAUACACGUGCCGACUAAGAGAGGAAACAACAAUCAUGAGGAAAUCUUCAUAUACAGCGAGAUCAGCCAGCGCUCGGGUGAGGAGACCAGAAAGAGAGGGAUCUGGCAUCACCAGUCCCACGCUGAAACGGUCAUUUGAGGUGGAGGAGACGGAUUCAUCCACACACCCUUCACCCCUGUCUCGUCGGACCACCAACCCCCUCCGCUCAUCCACCUCCUCCACAUCCAGCCAGCGGAGCUACGACCUGAGCUCCCGCAACUCUGACUAUAGGCCUUCCCCCUCUGAGUCCUCCAAUCCACGUUCCCCAAAGACCGGCAUGAGGCGCAUUGAGUUAGCAGCGGGUCGCAACUCUGACACAGCCUCCUCCCGCCGCACAGAAAUCUCCAUUGAGGUUUCCUCGAAGCAGAUUGACAACUCACCCAGUGCUGGCAUCGCCCGCUUUGGCCUCAAACGGCCCGAGGUCAGCCUUAGCAGUCGGAGUAGCUCCCUGGACAGCUCCUCCAACUCCAUCUCCAGCUCCACAAACAGGCGGGCAGAGCUCAGCAUGACACGAUCCACUGAGCCCCCCGCCCCUCCCAGGAGAAUGGAUGCACAGCUUUCCUCAGCCCCAGUCUCAAGGAUCCCUGAGCCCCCUCAGAGAAGAGCGGAGCCCCCGUCCCCAAUCCUCAGCCAAGUUGAGGGGACUUCCAGGAGGCCAGAGAUGCCUGUCUUCAGACAGCCAGACGGUCUGGUCCCAGGCACUGCAGUGGAGAACAACAACCAUCCACCCCCUGCACCAAGUGCUCCCCUGCCUUCCCUGGCAGAGCCCAGGGUGGAGAGGGUGCAGUCACCUGUCACGGAGCUGCCCACUGCCAGACCAACAGACAGGCCAGAGGUGAUUCCCAGUUACAGCAGCAGUGCCAUGUCUGAGGCGGUGGUGCCGGAUGCAGUGGUGUCCCCAGCAAUGGGUGGCCUGUACGGGGAGAAGGCCGGCGGCCCUGUGGUGGACUUCAGUUAUGUGGGCAUUGACGCCAUUCUGGAGCAGAUGAGGAGGAAGGCCAUGAAGCAGGGUUUCGAGCUCAACAUUAUGGUUGUGGGACAGAGUGGCCUGGGAAAGUCUACUCUGAUGAACACACUUUUCAAGUCUAAAGUCAGCCGCAAAUCAGUGCUGGCCACGGCCCAGGAGAAGAUCCCCAAAACAAUCGAAAUAAAGUCCAUCAGUCAUGACAUUGAGGAGAAGGGAGUCAGAAUGAAGCUGACAGUCAUUGACACGCCAGGCUUUGGAGACCAGAUCAACAAUGAGAACUGCUGGCAGCCCAUCAUGAAGUUCAUUAAUGACCAGUAUGAGGCGUACCUGCAGGAGGAGAUCAACAUCAACAGGAAGAAAAGGAUUCCAGACUCCAGAGUCCACUGCUGCAUAUACUUCAUCCCCCCGACCGGACACUGUCUGCGGCCUCUUGAUGUAGAAUUCAUGAGACGCCUCAGUAAGGUGGUCAACAUUGUCCCAGUCAUUGCCAAGGCGGAUACACUCACCCUGGAGGAGAGGGACUUCUUCAAAAAGAAGAUCAGGGAAGAACUGCGAGCCAAUGGGAUUGACGUGUACCCGCAGAAAGAAUUUGACGAGGAUGCCGAGGACAGAAUGAUCAACGAGAAGAUCAGGGAGAUGAUCCCAUUUGCUGUGGUGGGCAGUGACCAGGAGUACCAGGUCAAUGGCAGGAGGCUGCUGGGGAGGAAAACCAAGUGGGGAACCAUUGAAGUUGAGAACAUAGCCCACUGUGAGUUUGCCUAUUUACGGGAUCUCCUCAUCAGGACCCAUAUGCAGAACAUUAAGGACAUCACCAGCAGCAUCCACUAUGAAAUGUAUCGCGUGAGGCGCCUCAAUGAGAAUAACACAGUGGUGGCUCAUGCCAACGGUAUCCCAGAACAUCAUCUUGCUGCCCAUGAGAUGUAGACGCCACCUGCCCCACUGCAGUUGACCUCAGCAGGGUGUAAUUCAUUUGCUAUGAGACUUUGACCGUCAUUGACAGUCUUCCCACCGCUCUAGCUCUCCACUCCAUCCAUCUUCUUCACACAGGUGGGGUAGAAACUUAAAAGCCUGCCAGAGGGACUUUAUUUUCAGUGACUUCCGGGGGCUGAAUGGACUGUUCACGUCAGUUUAUUGCCUCAUUAACAAACACUAUCCUCUCACUAUCGCUGACAAAGACAGUGAAGAGAAGUUUGAUUCUUUGUAACGUGCUGCAGCUUGAUUUUUUUACCUGCCUUCUUUAUGGUUUUACUUGUGGUGCCAAACAUUAAGCAUCUGCCAAACAGAACGGACUGACGCUUAAUAGCUGUCAGUGUCAGAACUGCCUUAAACAGCCACAUGUUAAUCUCAUCCACUUUUACUUUUUCCAAGUUUGGUGUUUUUUUUAACAGAGCUUCAAAGAAUUCAUGCCAUAACAGAAGCACAGUUUUCUGUCUUUAUGCACACAGCUGUAUCGACCUAUGUGGGAAGUGAUGAUAUUCAUUAUUGCACUUGAUUACUACAUAGUCUGUCAUUGACAAGCAUGUUGAGAGGGUGCUGGGCAGCACUUUGCUAACGUCUGACACACAUACAGUCAUAGCAGUCAGUCUGUGUGAUGCAGCGUCGUUCAACCAAUCCUCUGCUCAUAGGCAAACAGAAAAAGGUUAUCAAAUAGCACAUCAUAUGUUUGAGUUUAUCUUUUUUUGUCACAAGCUGUGUUUUGCUUUAACUGUUAAAUGUUUGUGUCAGAUGUCAGAUCCUUGACGUCUUUUUUUAAAUUCCCAUUAAUAAAUGUCAUUGUUUAUUCAUAGAAAUAUCUUAAGAGUGGUUUAAGACGGAUAAGUAUUUAUGCACGAUAUAAAAUGUGAAAGUUUGUCAUCAGUUGUGGUCUACUUAUUCAGAUUAUUCACACGCAGACACAUACUUUUCCUGCUUUUGGGCCCAUCAUAGUGCCUUAUUUAUUGGAGAAUGUUUGCUAGCAUGUUUGCUGAAACUGGAAAGAGAGAAGGUUUGUUGAGCUACAUUUAGGCAUUUUUCAAUCCUUUUCCCGCAUUUAUCUUGAAAAGAAACCUAUUCUUCCAUUGACCAUCCCACGUUUACUUCUAUUUUCCAUAAUAUGUCAAGGAUCUUUGUCUGUUUGAACCAUAUAUAAUUCCCUAAGCUGUCACUGUCAUGCUCUGUCCUGUAUAUUCUUUUGUGUUCUGAUGCAUUUUUUUGUACUUGUAUUAUUGAUAAUAACAAAUUUUCCUUUAUCUUAUUUUAAUGAAAUAAAGAUUAAAGUUGU